UUUAGGUGUUUUGUAAGCUUUUCGAGAGUUGAUUUCUUGUUAUUUUCUUUUCACAGAUACAGGGCGAUUACAAGUGCAUACUACCGUGGAGCUGUUGGUGCAUUGCUUGUAUGUGAUGUCACUCGACAUGUCACAUUUGAGAAUGUCGAGAGAUGGUUGAAGGAACUACGAGGUCACACAGAUUCCAAUAUCAUGAUUAUGCUUGUUGGCAACAAGUCACACCUGCGACACUUGGGUGCAGUUUCCACUGAUGAUGCGAAGGCCUUUGCCGAGAGAGAAAAUACCUUCUUUAUGGAGACAUCUGCCCUCGAGUCUACGAAUGUUGAUAACGCAUUCACCGAAGUACUUACACAAAUACAUCAUGUUGCCAGUCGAAAAGCGCUUGAAGUAGGGGAUGAUCACGCAGCAUUGCCGAAGGGACAAACCAUCAAAUUCAGAGGCAAGGAUGAUGUUUCAGCCGUCAAGAACGCUGGCUGCUGUUCUGCUUAGAUGUUGUAUGUUGUACCCUCCAUUUUUCAUCUCUUUGAGCUCAAGAUUUGAGGUUGAAGUCAAAUGAGAACAAAGCGGCUUCCAAAUU